CUCAUCUAGUCCGUAGACUAAGUCAACUACAGCCCGUGUGUGUGUGUGUGUGUGUGUGUGUGUGUGUAUGUUGAUGAGAAACUUAGUUUCCGCAGGCCGGACGGAGGUUCUCUGACUAUUCAUGACUUACUACUUUACUGGUUCUACUUACUUCUUGAUCCACACACCCCAUUAAUCCGUCAACCUCGCUAUAUUCAUGGCUACAUCAACCGGUACCGGCUGGGCACAGCUGCGGCAACAGGCCCGAUCACUGGAGACUCAGACCGAAACCCUCUUCCACACCUACUCACAAUACGCCGCUCUAACCAAACCACCCCCCACCCCAUCCGAAGAAGAACUCCGCACCGAAUCCCAACUGAAGGAGAUCCUCGAUCGACGAGAAACAACAAUAACCCACCUCUCGCGCCUCCUCGACAGCGAAGCCACCCUGACCGCCUCCGCCCUGAAGCAGAACAACCUCGCCCGCCACCGCGAGAUCCUCGCCGACCACCGCCGCGAGUUCGCCCGCAUCACCGCCGCCAUCGCCGAGGCCCGCGACCGCGCCAAUCUGCUGAGCCAUGUCCGCCACGACAUCGACGCCUUCCGCUCCCAGAACCAGUCCGAGGCCGACUACAUGCUCGAGGAGCGCGGCCGCAUCGACGAGAGCCACAACAUGAUCGACGGCGUGCUGAGCCAGGCGUACGCCAUCAAUGAGAACUUCGGGCUGCAGCGCGAGACGCUGGCGAGCAUUAAUCGGCGGAUCGUCGGCGCGGCGGGCGCCGUGCCCGGCAUGAAUGCGUUGAUUGGGAAGAUUGGGAAUAAGCGGCGGAGGGAUGCGGUGAUUCUGGGGGCGUUUGUCGGGGUGUGUUUCUUGGUGGUGUUCUUCUUGAGAUGAUAUUUCUUGCGGUGAGGGUAUAUCGCAUCGGAUGGUUUGGGAGGGGAGGGG